GCGGCCAUUUUGGACUGUCGGUGUUUUCGCGUAUGUGUGCGUGUGUACAGUGCGUAACUACCGAGAUCCGUAUACUUGCUAGUCGAAGCGAUAGCAUCGUUAAGGGCGUCCCGCCGAUUGAUCAAGAAGUCACUCCGAUAAUCCGGCGAGAGGAUGGGACGCAAGAAGAAGAAGCAGUCGAGACCCUGGUGUUGGUAUUGCAAUCGCGAAUUUGAAGAUGAGAAGAUUCUCAUUCAACAUCAGAAGGCAAAGCACUUCAAAUGUCAUAUCUGUCAUAAGAAAUUAUAUACGGGACCAGGGCUUAGUAUACAUUGUAUGCAGGUUCAUAAAGAAGCAAUAGAUAAAGUACCCAAUUCAUUGCCAAAUCGUAGCAAUAUCGAGAUAGAGAUUUAUGGAAUGGAAGGUAUACCGCCAAAUGACGCAAAGGAACAUGAAAGGCAGCGAAAUGGCGGCAGGCCAGGUACACCAUCGUCCGGUGAAGACGAACCUGUACAGAAGAAGGCGAAACCGGAAGGUCUAUUGGGUUCUGCACCGGGCGCGAUGUCCGGUAUGGGAACUGGAUUACCCGGAAUGCCCCCACAACCCGGGAUGCCUCCACAACCUGGUAUGCCACCAUUACCUGGUAUGGCGCCGCAUCACGGCAUGGCACCACAUCCUGGUAUGCCUCCGCAUCCCGGUAUGCCUCCUAUGCAUCCUAUGAUGUCGAUGGGCCACGUGGGACCUCCGUUCAUGGGUCCAGGCAUGAUGCCUGGCAUGUCAGGCAUGCCUUCUGGUAUGCAACCACCAGUUUCGGGUGCAUCGAUUCCGCCGUCGCGUCCGCUGUUCCCAAGCGCUGCUGUUUCGACGUCGGCGGCAUCGACGGUUGCGUCGGUCAGCGGUUCCGCACCUCUGGGCACUGACUUUAAACCGAUCACAUCUGUGGCCAGCGGUGGCAGUUCUAUAGGGCCGGUAAAGCCGACAUUCCCCGCUUAUAGCAGUGCCGGCGAAGCCGGUGUUUCUGUAGCCGGAAACAAUCUUGCCGGCGGCGAUCAAAAAGUUAAUCUUAUCGCAACUACCGGAGCCGCUAGUAAAAUCAUUCACCCUCCGGAGGAUCUCAGUUUAGAGGAAAUUAGAGCAAGGCUACCUAAGUAUCAACGUCGACAGACUGAUGAGUCUGGGCGAUCGGCGCAAUCGGAAGCAGCGGCGGCCGCGGUUGCGGUAGCGGCUGCAGCAGCGGCAGCGGCAAACCAACAGCAGCAAGCCGCCGCGUUGCAACAAGCGGCAGCGCAGCAGCAGCAAGCAGUGCAGCAACAACAACAACAAGUGCAGCAACAGCAGCAGCAGGCGGCUGCUGCAAACGCGGCGGCCGCGUUUCAGGCGGAUCAACAGCAGCGACAGCAACAGGCGGCAGCGUUAAACGCAUUGCAACAACAACAGCAAAGGUUCCCGCGGCCACCGCAGGCAGUCAUGGUGCCGGCUUCAGCGGCAGCGAUGCCGGUCAGUUCGGUGGCGUUGAUGGCGCCCCUAAUGCGACCCACCAUGACUCUAGCGCCUGCUCUCAUUCAUGGAGGUAACAUGAUGCGACCGCCCCCCAUGGGCCUGCCGCCAGGCAUGAUAGGAGCCAUACCACCGGGCGCCGCGAUGCAUCCGGCUUUCGCCGCCGCGCCGAUGGGCUUUCCUGGGCCGAUGUUGGCGCCGAUGAUGCAUCCGCGCUUCAGAUGAUCACCCCCUAUGGACGGGCCCAACCCCCCGCCGCUGCACUUCGUGCUGUGGGCCCGCCCCUAAUUUUCGUAGGGUCUGGACCUGAUUGAGGAAGAGAUAGAUAAAAUCACACAUACACGAACCAGAAAGGGAGAGAAAGAGAGAUAGGGAGAGAGAGAGAGAGAGAGGAGAGAGAAAGAGAAAUAACGAGAGAGAGAGAGAGAGAAAACGGAAAAAAUUCACGCGGUAAAAUUCGCAUCCUGCACUCUCUCACGGUUUUUUUAUUUUAUUUUAUUUUUAUUGUUGAAUGAAACAAAACGAUAUAGGGAUAGAGAAAGAAAGAAGGAAAGAAUGAAAGAGAGAGAGAGAGAGAAACACACGCAUGUCAUCACGUCAUCGGUGCCUGAGAGGAUUCUUUCGAAGAAAUCGAGUGCGCGCUGGAAACGGUCGGCUUUUUCAUCGCCUUCUUCUUCUUUUUAUGCUACUACAAAAAAAAACAACUAAAAAAAAUACAAACACGAAACACACUAAUCGUUUGCAUCGACUGCGAAUAUGUGCGCGCCACGCUACGUUGGUCGUGAGUGCCAGGUGAGCCAACAACCAUGAGCAAAUUUCAUCGCCUUUUCUACGGAAUGAAACUAAAAUAAUACUCGUCGCUCUGUAAUAAUAUAUCGUCGUUUGCUCUGCGCGAGAAUGCCAGUGCGAACCGACUAUCUUAUCUAUUUUACUUA